AUGGCUGCCAGUGGCAGAGAUGGUGAUGGAGCUAGCAGAAGUAGUAGAGGUGGAGGAGCGGAAAAGAAGAAGCAGCAGCCUAAGCAAAAGAAUCCAUACAAAGGGAUUCGUAUGAGGAAGUGGGGAAAGUGGGUAGCUGAGAUUCGUGAUACAAAUACAAGGCUCUCGCUCGGCUCCUACUAUACCCUGAUGGCUGCUGCUCGGGCCUACGACGUGGCCCUCUUUUACUUGCGUGGCCCGACAGCCAAGCUUAACUUCCCCGACUGCGUGGUUAGCGAUGGCCAACACCGCCAACUCAUGCCAAAGGAGAUUCAGAAUCGAGCCACGAGGGCAUCUAAAUCUUCUGAUAAUGCAAGAAUCAGUGCCCUUGAGCAAAAGGUUGACAAAGCCUUCCCCGAGAACUCUGUCCCUCUCAAAUCAUUGAAACAGUCAUUGGCCGAAAUCAAGAAAAUUCAACACGAAUUAGUCACGAAGCAUGCGUUCAUCAAGGAACGACUUGAUCUGUCUUGCAUGAAGUUGGAAUAUGUUACUGGGAACCAGAACCAAAUGGGAACUUAUCUCUCUGAAUACGAGUGGACUCUUAAGGACCUUCAAAUCUGUGUCAAUAGUCUAAGUGACAAAAUUGAUUGA